UAGUCACUAGCUGGGCAGGAAUGGGAAGGGUGCUCCUCCUCUCCACUGGUUCCUGCAGAUCUGUAGUCUCUGUCUCUGAGGCUCUACCACCUUCCCACAGUUGUGCUCAUGGGUUCCCCCAGCAAGUAGAGCAUGCUGCUCAGUUCCCUUUGCUCUGACUGCAGAAGUAGCUGCUGUAGCUUAUUUUGAUCCCUAUUUAAAAAAACCCCAAUCAUUAGGAAGUGCAUAGCUUUGCACUAACCUGAGCAUACCUGAAUGGACAUAAUCAUGUUAAAUGCUUUCAGAAACAAGUGGGGAAUGAUGGGGUAACAGGUGUAUUUAUAAACACCCCACUUGAGUCCCAUGACUCGGUGAAAAUACUUGCCCACUUGUCACCAGACUGAAAUAGCCAAAUACCAAUAUAGAUAUGCUCCAACUCCAGAGCACACCAGUAGCCUCAGGACAAUCACAUGAAAUACAAAGAUCAGAAAGCUACAGUAAUGUUGUCCUUUUCCCCUCCUUCCUGAUAAAAUAUUCAGUGAGGGCUGCAGGAGGCAAAGGUAGCAGCUACAGCAUUGACAGUAAAUACAACACAGAGUCAUGCACGCCAUACGUGAUUCCCUCACCACCCACUGGGUAUGACACUCACAUACAGGAAUUAAAAAAGCAAAAGACAGCAUAUAUGGAUGUCUGCCCAGGCUCAAAGUUUUACAAGCAAUACAUCUUGUCUCAAUGUGAGAUAAUAUGUUGCUAAUGAUAUAGUAGGGGAGAUAUGAACGGGUGGAUAGAGGAAGUGAGGUGGCCAUAAAACUCUUAGGCAUUGGCUCACCUUCAGACCAUACUUCUCCACUACAAGUGGUUGAACUUUUUCCUUCAGGAGAAGGAAAAAGUCAUCCUUCUGGAAGGAGGGUUUGGCAAUCAGUGACUGGACUGACAUGCUGGCUCCUUCACUGCUUUGCAGUCUGUCCUUUGCUCAGGACACUCAGACACUGUACUACCUGGGCAAGUGAGAGUGAGAAGUCAGUGGGUGAGAGCUCUGAUUGGUCCCUUUCUGCAGAUUUUUGAGGUGGAGCACCUUCCUCUCCUCACUAUCCUCCCCUCAUAUCAGAAGAAUUAGCAGUCCUGUGUCAUGGGCAAAGGAAGUCUUGAAGAAAGAUGAGGCAAAAUCUAAGAGGGGUUUUGGCACCUACACCGUGGCUUCAGCCUUAAGUAGAUAUUUGCUGCUCUUCUGUUCCUCACAGACAUAUUUUGGUGGCUGCCACAAUGACCAUAAAUCACUGCUGAAGGAGUAAUCCCACUCCCCUGCUCCUGAGGCAGUGGGAUUACUCAGUGCCAAGAUCAAUGGUGUUUCCAUUCUCUAGGGACUCCUGACCAUGGUUGCUCUGAACUCCUACAAAUGGUACCAGUGGAAUAAUGUGAAUAUUGUACACUUCUAGAGCCUGCAGCAACCAUGGUCCAUUUCUAUUACCUUGGGCCAAGGGGUGUUCCCUCAGGGUUCUUCACUCAGUUCCCAGAUGUCCCAGUCUCCAGUUGCCCUACUCUUUCCUGUAUGAGCAACUGUUGGUAGAAGGCUUAUUAUGAUUCAGCAGCACUUUUCUGGUCUUGCAAGCUCUAGAGUCAGUGCCCCAGCAUCCAAAGGGAAGGGUUUUUAUAAAGGAAACUUGUUAGCAUGAGAGAGGAAAAAAGGACAAUAACCUAUUUGAGUCUGAGAAAACUGGGGCAAUCAAGGACUUGUCUGCCAAAGCCUUUUCACUUCACAGUCACUGCCAGGACAUGUCAGAGUAACUAUUCAGUUCUACUGCAGUCCCAGCAAGGAUCUGGGACGCAGAGCAGCUGCAACAUCACGGCACCUGAGUCACUGAGCACCUGCAUUUUAUCCAGGCUUUGCUGGAUUUGCAAGAACUUACAAGAAUCCGCAAGAAAAUUUGCAAAGUUUCUGCAGUCUUUGAAGUUUCUUGCUUGAUAUGUGAGAGUGAUGGCUCUUUCCCUCUUGCCAGCCCCAGCUCUUGCUGAACCCAAGGAGGACACUUGUCAUUUGAGUUCUCAGAGCCUCCCCACCCCUGCAGGGCUCAGUCUUUGUGCAAGUGGACUGGAAUUUUGGAGCAGUUGCAAACACAUUUCUGGCAUUCUUCUUGCAGUAUGGGGGCCACCCCAUUCAAGGGAUGCCAGAUCAAACUGCUGCUACAUUUUAUAUCAAAACCAAAGUGCUGUUCCUUUUGCACUUACCUUCCCUCAGCAAAGGAGUGACUCUGACUCAUGUAACUGGUGUGUUCCAGCGAAGCUGCUCCUGCCAGCAGCAGGAGUGCUCGAGCACACUGACUCAGCUCUUUCUGGACAGUCACAUGUGACUGGCAAGUACAGAACAGCAUCCUCUGGGACACCUUGCAUGCAGCAGGAACAUCUGCUGACUUCCUGUCCUUCCUCUCUGGAAGUCCCUCUGGAACUUUCACACCACAGGGCUCCUUACACUACCACAUCCAGCACAAGGCUGUGCACACACAUCCCUGUACCCCAUUUGUGCCCAGGCACCCCAUCCUAAUGCCCACAUGGGGUGUGUGUCCCAUGGCUGUCCAGCAGUCCCCUGUGCUUUGUAGAUUCAAAGUAAUCCUGUUUCCCACAAAAUGUCUCAGUGGGGCCUCGGGAGCCCCUCCAUGUGUUGGCCCAGGUGACAGGGUGACAGGAAUGCCACACAGGAUCACUAGAGCAUCACAUUGCUCUGGACACAGCACCAGCCAUGGGUUGCAGCCAUCAGCUGGAGCUAACAAAACUGGAUGUCCACAGCUGUGCAAAGCACUGCUUCCAGCAUCAGUGCCCCACAGUGAAGGGCCAUACCCACUUCUCAAGGACUGGAUGCAAAAGGUUGAUAAAACUUUCUGUCUCCUUGGGCAGAGAAGAAAUGGACCCACAAACAUGCAUCUGCAAGUGCAAAAUGCCUGGAAAAAAGGGAGAGAAGGAGGGAGAGACAGCAAAUAUCUGAACUGUGACUUUGUUAUCUCUGCAGAAGACCUUUUUCUAAUUUUCUUCUUUCUUAGAAAAAAAAUAAACAAAAGCAGGCAGAAGAACAUGUUCUGUCAAGUUCUGGCCUGACUUGUGCAACAGUACAGAACAAAGGGAAGUUUGGGGUGUUAAACUCUCCCAGCACACCCACUGCUAACCCUGUACUGGGGUACAGUCCCUCCAUUCCUCUCCCCUGACAAACUUUGCUGAUUAGUUUCUGUCUUCAUACCCAGGCUGACCUCUGCACCCUGAUCUCUAAACAGUGACCUCAUUGCCUUGUUCAGCUGGUGAGAAACUACAGUAAAAUGGAAGAGGUAAACAAAGUGGGGGGAACUAAUGGCCAGAAGAUUUAGGAGGUAGGAAUCUGCUCCUUGCUAUCCUGCUCCCAUUGUGUGCCUGAGCUUGACAAAGUGCAAGCUGAGCCUCAACAAGCUCUUUUCUGUGACGGUUCCUCUGGAAACUCAACCCAGUCCUCCAGAUGGUGACUUGGGACAGACAGCCUGCAAAUUAUAUGCUAAUAGUACUAGACCCACGCUCCUGUCACUGCUACAAAUUCUGUGUAGUACUGGAAUUCACCCACCUUCUGCUGCAGGAGCUCUUCAUUCCCAGCCCAACAGUAUCACCAAGAUAUAAAUAUUAAAAACAAAGGCCUGUGUUGUCACAGAGCUGAAUUUGUGUCCACUCUGUGCAGCCAGCAGUGUGCCUACCUCUACCUGAGCUGCAGUUCAUGCUCACACUGAUCAGAGAAAUAGCAUUAACAGCACUCUGCCUAUGAGGAGAAUGUUCAGUACUCCUACACAAUGCAGCCUUCAAUAUCCUCCUUUUGGGAUGUGUUUCAAAGUGUCCCCUGACCCUGACAGACACCUCCAGGUCCUGGCCAGCAGCAGCUCAACUCACAUUUGUCUUCCCAGACACUCAGUAAACACCUUUGUGUCCUUUUUCUUUAGAGGAAGGGGUCUUGCUGAGCUCACCCUGAAAUAUAUCACCCUGGACAAAAGCGCUGAAAGGUUCAGGAGCUCCAGGGGGUGGUUCAGCAGGGAGCUGGGGCCAGCUGCCUGCCAGAACCAAAACUAUAAAGGCAGAGAGGGGCUGGGGACCACAUCCCACACAGAUGCUGCAAGUCCUGCCUUGCCUCCCACCAGCCCUGGGCUAAGAAGAUGCUGGGGCUUCGGUUGUGGCCUUGCUCAUUUUUCCUCUUCUUGGUUCUGCUCUCUGCCAGCGUUCAGACUGUGUCCUUACCAAGACAGAGACUACAGAUGCUCCUUUCACGAUUGCUGCCCUUGGAGCCCGAGUCCACGCUGACCGAAGAGGACACGAAGGAGGGGUCCAGCUUUGGUCCUCAGCUGCCCUCCUCCACUCUUCCCUUUCUCGCAUCUGGGGCUAGAGCCGCCCGUCCAUCCCUCUGGCGCAAGAACCUCGCCAGUCGCAAGUGGGCACUGCCUGGAGAGUGGGCCUGGAAGGCCAUGCCCAGGGGUUGCUUCGGGCUGAAACUGGACCGAAUCGGGACCUUCAGCGGUUUGGGGUGUUAGCUUUAGAGGGCCUCCGAGGUGAGAGGGCCAAGAGCGUGGGCUCGAGCAAGCGGGCAGGGAAGGAGUUCAGGGCAGAGUGGAGCGCACAGACAG